AUGAAGUUCAUCGGAACCCUCGUCUCCAUCCUCGGCGUUGCCGUCGCCGCCCCGGCCCCGUCCAACGGCCCGGCCCCGUCCAGUGUCAAGAUCAAGGGCGUCAGCCUCCUCGGCAGCGGCUGCCCUGCCGGCACCGCCGACGUCCAGGUCGACGCCACCGGCACCCUCUUCGAGGCCACCUUUUCCACCUACGAGGUGCAGACCGGCCCCGGCACCAAGGCCAUCGACUGGCGCAAGAACUGCAAGCUCACCCUCAACAUGCAGUUUGACCCGGGCUACCAGUUCUCCAUCCUCGACACCGACAUGAUCGGCUUCGCCGAGAUUCCCAAGGGUGCCAAGGGCCAGUGCAGCAACACCUUCUCUUUCACCGGCAACAGCCAGCAGGUCGUCUUCAACCAGGAGCUCAAUGGUCACUACAGCGGCCCCUUUGACCUCAAGAGCAAGGCCGGCAUCGAGUCUUGGUCUCCCUGCGGCGGCAGCACGGCCAUCCUCAACAUGAACACGGCCUGCGCCAUCACCCCGACUCACCUUCCCGCCCUCAUCGCUGUUGACCACAUUAGCGGCAAGCUUACGGUCAAGUUUGGCAUCCAGUGGCGCUACUGCCCCAAGCACUAA